CAGCAUCUCGCCUGUGAUCUUCUUUCAACAACACCGCAAUCAUGGCUUCUAACGACAAGGGUUUGGAGGAGAUCCCCGAGGGUAUGUGUUCCUAUAUCGUUUGCUUCAUUUUUUUCACGGCAAAUUUGUGGUUUAUAUCUCUCUACUUUGCUGGAGAAUGGGGCUCGCUCUCAAGCCAGCAGAAGAAAGAGAUAAUCGCCACAACCCAUCAUCGAAAUGUCCUUCGAAGAAUUAUGCUGACCAGAAAUUUCACAUCAAUAGGACAGAUCGAGACCAACUACGAUGAGGUCACCGACUCCUUCGACUCCAUGGACCUGAAGCCCGAGCUGCUUCGCGGUAUGUGAUACAAAUUUUAUCUUCGCCCUGGUGGGGUCUGUGCCAACAUGUUCUGACGACGUCCAGGUGUCUACGCCUACGGUUUCGAGCGUCCCUCCGCUAUCCAGCAGCGUGCCAUCAAGCCCAUCAUUGCCGGUAGGUUUUCCCCGCACGGUCGCCCAUAAUUUGUGAUGCUAACUAGA